AUGUUCCAAAACAAACGGCAAAGUUCACACGAAGCCAAACACCGGGAGUGCAGAGGACAUCCCGUUGGAGUCACAUUCAGGUGCAGACUGAGAGCCCGCCACUCUCCACCUUCACACCAGGCUGUAGACAUGAGUAUGAUGACCCCUGACUUGUUCCCGGAGACCCCGCUGGUGCCCUCUCUGCCCGCCAUCUGCUCCUCUCGGGCCACCUCCGGUUCCCACAAGCCUCAGAGGGGCAGUGCCAGCGCCCCCUGCCCCCGGGCUGUGCACCGCAAGCCCCUGCCCACCACAGCCACCAUGGAGGUGGGCAUGCGUGUGGUGCGGGGUCACGACUGGAAGUGGGGGAACCAGGACGACAGUGAGGGACACGUGGGCACAGUGGUGGAGAUCGGGCGGCAGGGAAGCACCACCACACCGGACAAAACCGUGGUCGUUCAGUGGGACAGCGGAACCAGGACCAACUACAGGACCGGAUACCAGGGGGCCUUCGAUCUGCUGCUGUACGACAACGCUCAGAUAGGCGUGCGGCACUCCAACAUCAUCUGUGACAGCUGUAAGAAGCACGGCAUCAUGGGAAUGCGGUGGAAGUGCAAAGUUUGUUUUGACUACGACCUGUGCACCCAGUGUUACAUGAACAACAAGCACGACCUGGGCCAUGCCUUUGAGCGCUACGAGACCGCACACUCCCAGCCAGUGAGCUUGGCCCCAAGACAGAACCUCCCGCGGAUCAUCCUCAAAGGCAUCUUCCAGGGAGUCAAAGUGGUGCGCGGCCCAGACUGGGACUGGGGCAACCAAGACGGCGGGGAGGGUAAGGUGGGGAAGGUAGUGGACAUUCGUGGCUGGGACACUGAAUCCGGACGCAGUGUGGCCAGUGUCACCUGGUCCAAUGGCACCACCAACGUCUACCGCAUGGGCCACAAAGGAAAGGUAGACCUCAAGUACGUGUCUGACGGACAAGGAGGGUUCUACUACAAGGAGCACCUUCCCAAACUCGGAGAGCACGCAGAGCUGCAGCGGCAGGAGAGUGCGGACGGACACUCGUUUCAACAGGGAGACAAAGUCAAGUGUCUCCUGGAGGUGGACAUUCUGAGGCAGAUGCAGGAGGGCCACGGAGGCUGGAACCCCAAGAUGGCCGAGUACAUCUGCCGGAUCGGGACGGUUCACAGAAUCACUGACCGAGGAGAUGUCCGCGUUCAGUACAGCAACAACAUCCGCUGGACCUUCCACCCGGGUGCACUCACCAAGGUGAAUACGUUUGGAGUGGGGGAGCUGGUGCGAGUGCUGGAGGACAUGGACAGUGUGAAGAGACUGCAGGCCGGACACGGAGAGUGGACCGACAGCAUGGCUCCUGUCUUGGGCCAGAUGGGAAAAGUGCUGAAAGUGUACGCGGACGGUGACCUGCGGGUGGCGUUCGGGGCCCAGACCUGGACCUUCAACCCGGCCUGUCUAUCAGCGCAGCCCGUGGAAGUGGACGCCAACCUCAUGACGACCGAGAACCCCUCUGAAUCCGGAAGCACAGUGAUUUCCGUACUGGAGAAGCUUUUGGCUCAGUCCACGGAGCAGGACAACCCGAGCCGGCUGGUGAUUGAGGCGGCUCAUGGCAACGCCGGAAAAGUGCGCGAGCUAUUACAGAAGUACCCUGACAAGGUGGACGUAAAGAACCAGGGCAAGACGGCCCUCCAGGUGGCCUCUCACCAGGGACACAUGGAGGUGGUGAAGGCCCUGCUGCAGGCCAACAGCUCCGUCGAGAUCAAGGACGAGGACGGAGACACAGCUCUGCACUACACCGCCUUUGGAAACCAGGCGGAGGUGGCGCGGCUGCUGCUGAGUAAAGGGGCCAAUGUGAACAUGCUGAAUAACUCCAUGUGCUCCGCUCUGCACAUCGCCGUCAACAAGGGCUACAGCGACGUGGUGCGCGUCCUGACCGAGCACGCCGCCGACGUCAACCUACAGGACUCGUACGGGGACACGCCGCUGCACGACGCCAUCGCCAAAGACUUCCGGAACAUCAUCGAGGUCCUGGUGGUGGUUCCCAGUAUAGACUUCACUCAGCAGAACCACCGCGGCUUCAACCUGCUGCACCACGCCGCGCUCAAGGGCAACAAGCUCGCCACGGAGAAGAUCCUGGGGCGGGCGCGGCAGCUCGUGGACGUGAAGAAAGAGGACGGAUUCUCUGCACUGCACCUGGCGGCUCUGAACAACCAUCGAGAGGUCGCAGAGAUCCUCGUCAAAGAGGGCCGCUGCGACAUGAACAUCCGAAACAACCGUAACCAGACGCCGCUGCAGCUGGCAGUGACGCAGGGCCACACGGAGCUGGUGGAGGUGCUGGUGACGGAGGGAGCGGACGUGAACAUGGAGGACGAGGACGGAGACACGGCCAUGCACACCGCCCUGCUCCGCCCUCAGCUCUCCUCCACCAUCAUCAACCCCAGCGAGGGGGACACCUGCACCAACUCCCUCUACACAAAGCUGAGUGCGUCCGGCCUCUUGGGGAACACGGAGCUCAGUGUGGGGGCUGCUGUGGCCUGUUAUCUGGCCCAGGAGGGGGCAGAUGUCAGUUAUGCAAACCACAAAGGCAAAAGUCCUCUGGACCUGGUGACGGACAGCACCGUGCUGCAGCUCAUCAAGAGCUUCUCGGAGAAGCACAGGCUACAGCGGCUCUCGGCCCUCUCCUGUGGUCAGGCCCUCAGCAGUGCCAGUCUGAGGAGAGUGCACACCACCCCUAACACCAUGACCAACCUGGUGCUGCCCACGCCGCCCGGCCCCAGCGAGUGCCUGAUCUGCUCCGAGCUGGCCCUGCUGGUGCUCUUCUGCCCCUGUCAGCACAGUGUGGCCUGUGAAGAGUGCGCCCACAGAAUGAAGAAAUGCAUCAAAUGUCAAGUUACAAUCACAAAGAAAAUCCGACAAGACCAGACCGAGGUGGACUGCAGCCCGGGGACGGAGCACUCUGAGCAGCACAACCUCCUGGAGCAGCUUCAGUCUCGUUACCGUCAGAUGGAGGAGCGCAUCACGUGCCCCAUCUGCAUCGACAACCAGAUCAAACUGGUAUUUCAGUGCGGACACGCCUCCUGCAUGGAGUGCAGCUCAGCGCUCAAGACCUGCCCCAUCUGCAGACAGACCAUCCGGGAGCGCAUCCAGCUGUUCGUGUGA